CCUUUCUCUAUACCUCACCUGUCUAGUUGAAUGGACUGAGCUUGGUUCUCAUUGACCUAAGAGCUAAUAUCCACAUAAGCACAUGCAUGCCGUAUCUGUGUAUUUGUCUUUGUGGACCUGGGACACCUCACUCAGGAUGAUUUUCCUCUACUUCCUCCCAUUUAUCUUUACAUUUCAGGAAGUCAUUUUGUUGUUGUUAUUGUUGUUGUUGCUGUUGUUGUUGUUUUGAGACAGGGUCUCACUGUGUAGCCCUGGCUGACCUGGAACUAGACCUGUAGGCCAGGUUGGUCUCAAACUCAGAGAUGCUUCUGCUUCUGCUUCCUGAGUGCUGGGACUAAAGGCAUGCGCCAUGACCCGGCUUUUUUAUUUUUUAUUUUUUUAAUGAUGCCAUUUUUUUUUAAAACUGCCAAGUAACUCUAUUAUAUAAACAGACCACAUUUCCUUUAUCCAUUCUUUUAUUGAGGGACAUCAAAGUUGUUUAUGAUUUCUGGCUAUUAAGAAUAUAGCAGCAAUGAACAGAUGUCCUCGUGGUAGGGUGGAGCAGCCGUUGGGUAUAUGUCUAAGAGUGGUAUAGCCGGUAGAGAGGUAGGCGGAUUAUGCAUUUUCUGAGAACCCAGUAUAUUCAUUUCCACAGUGACUGCACUAGUUCGCACUCCAGCCAUGAGGAAGGGUGUUCUCCUUGCUCUGCAGCCUUGUCAGCAUGAGCUGUCACUGGUGUUGCUGAUCUUAGCCUUUCAGACAGGUGUGAGGUGGAAUCUCAGAGUCGUUUUGAUUUGCAUUUCCUUGAUGACUAAGAAUGCUGAGCAUUUCUUUAAGUGCUUCUCAGCUGUUUGAGGUUCCUCUAUUGAGAAUUCUUUGUUUGAACUUUUACCCCAUUUUUAAACUGGGUUAUCUGUUUUCUUGAUAUCUAGCUGUUUGCUCUUUAUAUAUUUUGGAUAUUAGCCCUAUUUCUCCUUCUGUGGGCUGCCACUUUGACCUGUUACCCUGUCCUUUACUGCACAAAUGCUUCUCAGCUCAGAAGGUCACAUCUAUUAAUUGUGUCUGUGCUAUAACCCCAGUUAAUUUUUUUUUCUUUUUUCUUUUUUUCGGAGCUGGGGACCGAACCCAGGGCCUUGCGGUUGCUAGGCAAGCGCUCUACCACUGAGCUAAAUCCCCAACCUCCCCCCUCCAGUUAAUUUUUUAAAUUUAUUUUUAGUGUCUCACUAUAUAUACCAGGCUGAUUUGGACUCCCUAUGUAGAGCAGGCAGGCUUCGAACUCACAGAGAUUAGCCUGCUUCUGCCUCGAAGUGCUGGGAUUAAAGGCGUGCGACACCAUGCUCUGCCUUGGGUUUUCGGGGGUAGCAGAGACCUGUCAUCCCCUCAAAUGUGCAAGCGUGGUGAUGUGCCUCUUCCUUCCUGAACUUGAGUGGGCGCUGGAAUCAGGAGCUGUGCCGGUUCGCGCACAAUUCCCAGACUUAACUCCAGAGGGCGCCACUGCCCUGCUUGCACGGAGCCCAACCUAGCGACUUCCCUGCUCCGCAGCCAACUGUGCCUUGACGUCACUCAGCCUUGAUGCCUGUUCCACAAGGUGGGGGAUGUGUUAGGCUUGCAAAAGAUGGCUGAAGGCGCACAGAAAUGCCCUGGAGCAGCACAGCGGUAGGUAAACCACUCUAAGAACCAAAGACCUAAUGUUUCCCCAAAUGCUACUCCUGCAGUCCUGGAGCAAGGCAGAGAGAGGCAGGAGGAUGAAUUCAACGCCAGUCCAGCUAUAUGAACUUGUCUCAAGCACAUGUAAGCAAAAUGUAUUCACAUGCCUUUAAUUCUAAAGCCCGGGAGGCAGAGGCAGGUGGAUCUCUGAGUUUGAGGUCAACCUGGUCUACAGAGCAAGUUUCAGGAUAGCUAGAGGUACACAGAGAAACCCUGUCUCCGGAGGGGAAAAAAGUCUUUUUGUUUUUUAAAUUUAUUUAUUUAUUAUAUAUAAGUACACUGUAGCUGUCUUCAGACACACCAGAAGAGGGCAUCAGAUUCCAUUACAGAUGGUUGUGAGCCACCGUGUGGUUUCUGGGAAUUGAACUCAGGACCUCUGGAAGAGCAGCCAGUGCUCUUAACCUCUCAGCCAUCUCUCCAGCCCUAGUUAGUAUUGUUAUAUAUGUACACCUGUGACCAGCUCACACACAUGACUACAGCCUGCUGAGCCUGUUUCUGUUCUUUGUGUGUAGAUGGUUUCAGAGCUGACUGCUCUGCACUGGACAAGCAAUGAGGGUCCCCAGCCCUGGGAGAGGCUCUUCAGCUGUCCUUCGUUGCCUGUAGUUCUGUGUCUAGGGUGAGCCCUGUGCAGUCUUCUUCCUCUCACGUUAACAUGUCCAUUAACAUUGACCUGGUUCCUGUCUUGUUUCGGAAGCCAUUUCUAGGGAGGCUGUUUCACAGCAGACUUCCUGCUAGUCUGGCUCUUAAAUCUCCCUGUUGCCUCUGUGCAGGUGAUCCCCGAGACUUGGAUGCAGGAGCUGUGAUGUGGAUGUACCCCUGGGGCUGGGUUCCCACCAUCUCCUGAUCUCUGCAUUGUUGUCGCGGAGGCUUCUCUGCCGAGGGCUGGGAGCUGCACUUGUCUGCAGGUCUAAGGAUGGCAUGACAGCCAGCGCCAGAUGUGGACCAGACAGCAUUGGGUACUGCUGCCACAGAGAGCUCGGCUGCUGUGAGGUGUCAAGCCUGGUACACAACAGUUAAUCGCCAUGCCUGGCCAGGCGCCCAGCCUGGGCUGCGGCACAACCAGUUCCUUUUCUUUAUCCAAGUUGCUGGGGGAAGUCAGCUGGGUGACCACAAAGGAACUAAGACAAAAGUUUCCAGGAGAGGCAGAGCCUGGUUUCCACUGUGGCUCUGAGCCCAGGGAACUCUCUUCUUUCACCCGCAUCUCUGAGAGACUUCCGAAUGAUGCCUUCCAUGGCAGUGAGAGGGAAGCUGGCGUCCCGAAGAGAGCCGGGAGCUGGUGCUGCAAAGGGCCCUGAAUGUGUGGAAGAAACCCCACGCUUGCUGAGGUGUUUGCAGUAAUAUACAGGAGCCAAAACUAGGCAGCUCCCCAAGCACCCACUGAGCUCAGAUUUGUCGGUGAGUCCUACUGUGCGCUGGGCAUGCGGACCCAGGUUCCCAGGACGUAUGCACCUAUGGGACCCACACUCCCCAGGGAGAAGGCAUUGAACGCGGAGAGCUGUAGGAGCUGAGGAUAUGGACACAGAGCGAGAAGCCCUGCAGUGCACAGCCUACCCAGAGGUUCAGAGCUUCUGCCAGAAGCACGGCUUGGCGUUCGAGGCGGUUGAUCUGAGGUGGGGUAUCCCGAACACACAGGCCACUGACUACCUGACCACGGAACUCUGCUUAGAAGAACUGGAGCGCUGUCAGAAAACAUCAGUCGGCCCAGCUUUUGUGGCCCUCCUGGGUGACCAGUAUGGCCCCUGCCCUGUUCCCCAAAGGAUUGAGGAGAAGGAGUGGGAGGCACUAAGGGCUCAGCUGACCUCCAGGCCUCGAGAUCUGGAGCUGGUGACCAGACAUUUCCAGAGAGAUGACAACACCAUUCCUCCCACCUACGUCUUACAGCCUCCAGGCUCAGGGGUGGUCCCAGGGCCUGAGGAGGCCACUUUAACCUCUGUCCUGAGAGGUGGAGCCCAGGAGGCCUGGAGGCUAGGCCUUAUCAGCCAGGAGCAAUGGAUGUGCUACCAUCGAUCAGUCAUUGAGUGGGAGAUCGAGCAUGGCCUACUAAACUCAGCACGAGGGGACCAGGGAGCUACCGUCUUCCUGAGAGAUGUUCAGGACCUCAGCAAACACAUCUUGGAUGAUUGCUGUCUGAAGAUGGUGGAUCGGCUGGCAGAUGGCUGCCUAGAUACCAAUGCCCAGAGUCUUCUCAGCGGUCUUAAAGGGCGCAUACUGGACGCUCAGCCUGGAGCCCUAAAGUCCCACCACCUGCCCUGGAGCCGUGACCUGGUCAACCCCAAGAACAAGACUCACGCCCGGUACCUGAAGCAACUGAGUGAGCAGUUUGUAGCCAGGACCAACCAUCAGGUCCUGGAGCAGCUCCGAGAGCUGGAGUUGGCCAGGCAGGAGCUGGGUUGGCUCUACCAAGAGAUCCGUCACCACCUCUGGCAGAGCACAGAGUCUACCAAGGUGUUCUGUGGCCACCAGGAGCUCCUGGCCCAGCUCAAGCAGCGGCUCAGACAGGAUGAGAGCCGGACGCAUACUCCCUUGGUUCUCUUUGGACCCCCAGGCAUUGGGAAGACCUCCCUCAUGUGCAAGCUAGCCCAGCAGGUACCAGAGCUGCUUGGCCACAAGACAGUGGCUGUCCUCAGGCUGCUGGGGACAUCAAAGCUAAGCCUGGAUGCCCGCAGCCUCCUCAGGAGCCUGUCCUUCCAGCUGUGCUUGGCAUAUGGGCUGCCAUUGCCCCCAGCCCAGGUCCUGGAGGCUCACAGCAGGGUGGGCCACUUCUUUCACAUCCUACUCCACACCGUGUCCCAGAGGAACUUCGAGUCCCUGGUGUUGCUCCUGGACUCUGUGGAUGACCUGGAUUCCAUACGCCAUACUCCGAGGGUCUCUUGGCUGCCCCUCAAGUGUCCUCCGAGGGUGCACCUCAUCCUCUCUGCGUGCUCUGGCCAGCAGGUGUUAUGCAACCUGCAACAGACCCUCAAGGACCCCAGCGCCUACUGGGAGGUGAAGGCCCUGUCUGGAAGUCAAGGCCAGGAGUUCAUCCAGCUGCUGCUGGCUGCAGAGAGGAGGAUGCUGAGCCCGGGUCAGAGAGAUGUCCUCUGGGCCAGCCUCCCAGAGUGUGGCCACCCCGGGAGGCUAAGGCUGGCCUUCGAGGAGGCCCGGAAGUGGGCCUCCUUCACUGUGCCAGUGCCCUUGGCCACCACAGCAGAGGAAGCUACACAUCAGUUCUGUAUCCGCCUGGAGGAGACACACGGGCAGCUGCUGGUGGCUCGUGUUCUGGGCUACAUUGUGUCUUCCAGGUAUGGUCUCUCAGAGGCAGAGCUGAAGGAUGUGUUGUCUUUGGAUGAUGAAGUCUUGCAGGCUGUGUACCGGGAUUGGACACCACCCAGCAAAGAGCUGCUGCGCUUCCCGCCCCUGCUGUGGGUGCGGCUCCGCAGGGACCUGGGACACUGCCUGGUCAGGAGGCCUGUGGACGGCUGCAUUCUACUGGCCAUUGCACACAGACAGCUGUCCCAGGUGAUUCAAGUUCGAUAUCUGUCUGGGCCUGAGAGAGCCAAGAGGCAUGGUGUGCUAGCUGAAUUCUUCUCUGGAGCCUGGAGCCAGGGGAUCAAGAAACUUAUCACCCUGCCACUAGUGGGGAAGCCCCUGAACCUGGACCGCAAGGUGGCCCCACAGCCACUGUGGUUCUCAGGCACAGUGGCCAACUGGAGGAAGCUGACCGAACUGCCCUUCCAUCUGCUGCAUGCAGGCUGCUUGGAGGAGUUAAAGCAGGAGGUGCUGGGGAACAUGAGUUGGAUCUCCUGCCGGGGCAUCUCUGGGGGCAUUGAGGACCUGCUGGAUGAUUUUGACAUGUGUGCCCCUCACAUGGACUCUCCUGAGGUCUAUCUGGUCAGAGAAGCCAUCCAGCUGUGCCGCCCUGCUGUGGAGCUCCGGGGUCUGGAGAAGAGCAUCCUAUACACCGAACUCCUGGCCAGACUACUUUUCUUCGCUACGUCUCAUCCAGCAAUGAUUGGACAGCUGUGCCAACAAGCCCAGAGCUGGUUCCGUGCCUGCCCCUACCCAAUGCUGGUGCCCCUGGCAGGAUUCCUGCAGCCACCUGGUGGACCUCUUCGAGCCACUCUCACUGGGUGUCACAAAGGCAUCACUGCCAUAGCAUGGAGCCUGGAGGAGAAACUCCUGGUGGUGGGCACCCAGGAUGGCACCAUGGUUGUGUGGGAUGUGGAGGAACAACAGGUGGUCCACGUUCUAAUGGGACACACAGCUGAAGUGAGGUGUGUGCGAGUGUUUGCCCAAGGGACUCUUGCCAUCUCUGCAUCAAAGGACCAUACCCUGCGUCUGUGGAGUCUGCUUUCUGGCCAGGAGAAAGCGACCAUUUUGGAUGGAGGGUCACCAAAUCCAACAGAGCAACAGGGCUGGGACCUUCAUGUGGAUGAGAUAAAGAAUGUUGUAUACUCGACAUCUGGUACAAAGAUCAACGUGUGGGAUCUGGAAACUUCGAAGCUGGUUUUCUGUAUCACAGGAGAUGCAUCUGAUCCCUGGGUCUGUGUGGCUUUGUUGGCUGCCCAGGGUUUGCUGCUUGCCCUGACCGAGGGCGGCCAGGUCAGUCUGUGGAGCUCAGCUGUGGGAAAACUGCAGGAGAAACACCAGUUGUGCAGCAUCAAAGAAGAGACACCCACCUGUGCCGUCUCCAUCCAGACUCGGGCAAGGCUGGUCGUUGGCUUCAGCAGCGGCUCCGUCGCCCUGGUGUGUGCUGGAGAAGACAGGCUGCUGGAGAAGCUUCCAGAAGCUGUGGGGUUCCUGGCGGUUUCCGAAGACGACUCUCUGCUUGCAGUAGGCUUCGGAAGAUGUGUGCGGGUUUUUCUGGCUGAUUCGCAAGACUUCCACCGGUUCAUGGCUACGGAUCUGGAACAUGAGGAUGUGGUGGAGACCGCAGUCUUGGGUCCCGAGAACAAUCUGAUCAUCACAGCGUCCCGGGAUGCACUUAUCCAGGUGUGGAGUCUGUCAGAACAGGGGACCCUGCUGAGUGUCUUUGAGAGUGCGGGUGCCCCUGCGAGCCUGCUGGUCCUCUGUGAGACUCUGGUGGUGUCUGCGUCCUGGAAGUCUUCGUCCUUCAAGGCCUGGGAUCUCAGGUCCACUCAGAAGCCGCCGUCUCCCACGCCAUUUCUGGACCGCACGGGCCUCGCUACAGUGUCCCACCAUGGCAGCUAUGUCUACUUCCCUAAGGUUGGGGACAAAAACAAAGUCACGAUCUGGGACCUGGCAGAAGGUGAGGAACAGGAUUCCCUGGACACGUCCAAUGAGGUCUGCUGUCUGGAGGUCGCCGAGCAGACCAAGCUCCUCUUCACAGGCCUGGUCUCGGGGAUUGUGCUUGUGUUCCCCCUGAACUCCAGGCAAGACGUGCUGUGCAUCCCCCCACCCGAGGCGCGCAAAGCUGUCAACUGCAUGUCCGUGAGCAAGAGCGAGGACCGGCUGGCCAUCGCCUAUGACAACAUAGUCCUUGUGCUUGACAUCAGCCCUGGGGACCUCUGUCCUGCCAUUGAAGGUCCCACCUACACCUUUUACACCCAGCUGCCCGAGACCAUAGUGAGAGUGGCUGUCCUGGCCGACUACCGUGUGGUCUACGGCAUGAGUGACGGCAGCCUCUUCCUGUACGAUUGUGCGCAGUCUAAAGUGUUCCCUCUGGAGGCCCAUGGGAGCAGGGUGAGCUGCGUGGAGGUCAGCCACAGGGAGCAGCUAGCAGUGAGCGGGGCUGAGGAUGCACUGCUGUGCCUCUGGGACCUGCAAGCUUGCCGGGAGAAGUUCAAGAUGAGCUACGAGAGCUCUUACUGCAGA